AUGAGUUGUAUAAGAAAACAUAUAUUGAAAAGUAAAACAUAUUAUUUAGAAGUUCAUGAUAAUCAGAUGAUUUUAAGUGAAGUAACUAAAAAUAAAUAAAUAUUUAGCAUAAAAAUAUGUCAAAUGCAAAAUAUGUUGUAUAAUAUAUAUGGGAAACAAGAGUAAUGUGGAAGAUAUCUGAAAAUGAAGAAUUAUGUGCAUUUGGAAUUUAUUAUAACAAUCGAAUAAAAUGGUUUGAUUCUGAUCAUAAUUCAUUAAACUUACUUAAAAUAUACUUAUCAGCAAGGGUAUUUUUUGGGAACAUUUCAAUAUUUUAUGAUUCAAAUUAAAUUUUAGGUUAAGGAGCAUCUUCAAAGGUUUGCUUAGUAAAAUGCAAAAAGAGUAUAUCACAUUAUGCUGCUAAAUGUAUUUCUAAGAAAUACUUAUUAUCAAACAAAUCAGAUGAUAGAAUUGUAUUAGUUUAUUCUUAAUUUUAAGAAUAGAUUACGAUUAGAGAUUCAAAUCCUAUAAAGAAUAGAUCAUCCAAGUUUUGUUAAGUUAUACGAAAUCUAUUAAGGAGAGAACUCAUAUUAUAUUGUAACUGAUUAUUUAGAAGGUCAUACUCUUUACAAUUACAUUAAGAAUUAUCCAGAAGAUCAAUUACCAUCAUAUCAAAUAAGAGAAGCAAUUAAAGUAAUCUAAAUUCAAAUACUAAUUAGAUAAUACUAACAGCUUUGAAUUACUUAGAUUCAAUUAAUAUUAUUCAUAGAGAUAUCAAACUAGAAAAUAUACUAUUAUAAAAACCAAAUGACAUUACAUCUCUUAAAAUAAUUGAUUUUGGAUUGGCUAUAUAUCAAUAACCUCUGUAAAAAUUAUGUGUAUGUGGAACACCUGGAUAUAUAGCACCAGAAAUUCUCAAAUCUAAUAAUGAUACAGAUUAUUUUACUUAAAAAUGUGAUAUAUUUAGUGCAGGUGUUAUCUUCUAUAAAUUGUAAUUAAAUUAAUAUAUAUAUUAAAGAUUAACAAAGAAAACCUUAUUUAGAGCAGAAAACACUCUUGAAAUUAUGGAAAAGAAUAAAUAAUGUUAAAUUAAUUUUUAAGAAUUUGAAUUCAAAUUAUAAAAGGAAACUUUGAGCUUAUUGAAAGCUAUGCUAAAUCCUAAUCCUAAAACUAGAUAUUCUGCAUAGUAAUGUUUAGAUCACCCAUAUUUCAAUUGCAAAUUAGAAAAUAUUAAUAUUCUAUAAGAAAUACUAGAUAAAGCUACAGGAUUCUCAGGAAUAACCCAAAUUAGUAUUAAGUUCUAAUUAAAUUAGAUUAUUAAAAGGAUACACUUUCAAUUGGGUAAGAAUGCUAAGCUGCUCAAAUUAAAAGAUGUAAUCCAACAUCUUAUAAGAUAAGGAUUGAAUAACGCAAAUAAACGAAAAGUCCUAGAAAGUAUGCAGAUUUCUAAUUCUAUUAUCCUUCCUUUUGUUAAUUUAAUUCAUUCGAAAGUCUUAGUAGUAAAGGAUCAUCUUACAAUAUGUCCAAUAUUGAUAAUCUUAUUAAUGAUAAACUCGAUUCUGUCAUUGAAGAAGAAGAGAAACAAUAAAUAUAUAAAAUAUGA